AUGCCAGCAAAACCGGCGCAGGACUUCUUCUCCCUGGACGCGAACGGACAACGCGAAGCGCUCAUCAUUAUUAAGAAGCUGCAGUGUAAGAUUCUGUACAGUGACAAGUACUACGAUGAUGUGUUCGAGUACCGUCAUGUGAUUCUCCCGAAGGAUCUCGCCCGUCUCGUCCCCACCAGCCGCCUCAUGAGUGAGAUGGAAUGGCGUCAACUCGGCGUGCAGCAGUCGCAAGGGUGGGUGCACUACAUGAUUCACAAGCCAGAGCCUCACGUGCUGCUUUUCAAGCGUCCUCGCACGUAA